CAGCUACCCUAACUACUUGCUAUAACUUGCUAUAAUGAAGGUAGCAGUGUUGCUAGCCUGUCUCACAACACUCAGUUCAGCUAUAGAUGUCAGGAUAGUGUCUUAUGGUUCAGAGCAAGGUGUGGAGCCGUGCGCUAGGGUGUGUUAUGGUACCACCACGGGAACUUCUGAGAAAGUGUGGAGUCACAUCGAGAAGGGAUCAGUACUGAAUAUAGACAUCAGUAAAUGUCAGUUCUCAUCAUCCCCUAUUAUCCUAGCUAAGACUGUUACUAAACAUCUUAUCCCUGCUUUCAACUACCAGGACACGUUAGCGAAUAUAACAGCAGAAGGGUUCCAGUACGUAAUGUACGGGGUUGCUAGCAGCUACGCUACUUUACUGGAGUACACCGUCUCCUGGUCCGCUACUGGUUACGUUUGCUAGGUGCAGGACACACCUGUAGUUCUACUAGAGACUGUCAUUACAACUUGUUUCAAAGUGAUUAAUUAGACCCCAAAU